UACGGUUCUUUCCAUAUGUAGAGUUUAAUGAUUCUAACCUAUGAUUUCACACAAAGUGUAUGAAGUGCGUGUAUAUAAUUAUUUUGUAUUAUUUAAACACGAUUAAAACGAGAAAUAUCAAAAUACUGAAUAUAUAUUAUAAACAUUAUAAUAUUAUUAUUUUUUUUCUAAUAUAUACAUAUAUUUCUAAUCACAUUGAACAUUGUUUGAUCGCAAUAAAAAAAUGGGAAGCAUAAUAGGCAUACGAUUUUGUGGUAAUAUUCAGUUAAGAAAUUAUGCAAUGGUCUCAACAUUAAGAUCAAUAAAAAGCUGUAUAUAUCACUGUUUAUUAAAUAAAGAGAUGCAUCAUCUUAAGAACCAGCAAAGAUUUCUACGGAUCAUUCAGCAUUGUGAUAUUUUAAAUAUCUCAUUUGCCAAUUGUGUCAAAAUGAAUAAUUCGAGAGAUUUUUCUAUGACCUGUGUAUUAACAAAAGGCAAAGAUCGUGGCAAGGAUAAAAAGAAGCAGAAGGCGCAGCAUAUUGAUUAUAAUGAGAUGGAACAAGUUGUUGAUGUCAAUAAGCUAACAUCUCAAUUGGAAAAGACUAUUGAAAUCUUGAAAAAUGAUUUCGUCAAGUACUUGUCAAUGAGAUCGACUGUGGGUGCUAUUGAGGAAUUAUCUGUCAAGUUUGAGGGAAAAGAUUAUACAUUGCAAGAGCUCGCGCAGAUUAGUCGUAAGCCUAAACUCAUAGUAUUGAAUGUAUCUACUUUUCCACAAGCUAUUCCAAAUAUUUUGACAAGUCUCUCAAAAAAUCAAAUGAAGCUAAAUCCGCAACAAGAUGGGACUACAAUUUAUGUUCCCAUUCCCAAAGUAACAAAAGAGCACAGAGAAAGCUUAUCUAAAAAUGCAAAGAGCUUUUAUACAAAAUGUUGCGACAAUAUUAGAGAAAUACGCAACAAGCAAAUUAAGGCAGUAAAACAGAAAGAAGGAUUAGCCAAAGAUUUAACAUUUAGGAUAGAGAACUAUAUAGAUAUUCUUAGUAAUCAAUAUGUAAGUAAAGCUAAACAAUUGCUGGAAACCAAACAGAAAGAAUUGUUAGGUGAUUCUGAAUAAGCUUCUCUAGAUUUAACUAUUUGUACUUUUAAGAAUAAAUUAUUAUAUUGUUAAUUGCUGCAUGUAUAAAAUAUUUAAUUAUACAAUAAAAGAAAAAAGCGACACAUUUAUAUGUACUCAUUUGCAUAAUGUAUAUAAUUUUUUUAUUAGGUUUUUUAAUAUAUAAUGUGAAAAAUAAUUUGAUGGAAUUAUAAUGAUAUAAUUAAAAAGAAAAUUUAUAUUGCUGUUGAAGAUAUAAGUGUAAUAUGUUUUUUAAGACAAUAAUGUCUUAUGUGAAUCAUAUUGUUACAAUAAUAAUUUUAUAAAAAUGAUUAACAAUAAGAUUAUGAAGCUCUACUUGAAUUUUAGAAAAUUGAUAUUUAUUUAAAUUGUUGUAAUGUAUAUUCUGAUUAUACAGAUUUGUUGAAAAAGGAUGCUUAAUGAUAAGUGAUCAAUUAAGUAUGUGCGAAUAAAAUUUAGAUUUUUUAAA